AUGGCAAUAAAGAAGUCGUCUCAAGCAGCAUCUAUCAAGCAAAUCUUAAAGAGAUGCUCGAGUCUAGGGAAGAAGAAGAACGUGAAUGGUUGCUACUACAAUCAAGAAGAUCAUCUUCCACAAGACGUGCCUAAAGGUCAUUUUCCGGUUUACGUUGGACCGAACCGAAGUCGGUACAUCGUUCCCAUCUCGUGGCUCGAACAAUCCGAGUUUCAAACGUUGCUCCGACUAGCCGAGGAAGAGUUUGGUUUUGACCAUAAUAUGGGUCUAAUCUUACCUUGUGAUGAAGAGUUUUUCAGGUCUCUUAUCUCCAUGUUCAGAUAA